CCAUUACUCAUUUGUGAAGUCUUCUUCCAUAAAACAAAACACCCAACAAAGUAACAACUACUCUUUUCACUUUACUAAUACUUUUUCCCUCUAAUUUAUCAAUCUUUUCUCUGAAGCAUUUCGUCGAACACAUGGAGAACAACCAACAAUCAUUCUUUCAAUUCAGCGAUCAACUUCGUGUUCAAAACUCAAACUUAGCCAAUCUUUCUCUUAACGAUUCAAUAUGGAGCGUUAGUUCAUACCCGACUAAAAAAACCGAAGGUCGCCGGAAUUUCGACAUUCGGGUCGGAGGAGAUCUUGACCCGAAGCACCCGGGUAAUUUCAACAUCAACAACAACAACAACACUCAUUCUUCUAACCCAGAUUUCAACAACUCCUUUAACGAUGGUUGGAAACUCGGGUCGGGUUUCGGGUCGGGUAUAAAUCUCAAUGGUGGGUUCAACAAAGGGAUUUAUUCAAAGGGUGUUGUUGGUGUAAAUCAGAAUGAUCAAUUUUUGAAGAGUUUCAAUGUGAAUAAUAAUAAUAUUGGUUUAAAAGGGCACAAGAAUAUAUCUUUGAAAGGGGAAGAUAAUCAACAUUUAAUUGGAGGAAAAGGGAAGAAAAAUAAAGAGAUUAAGAAGGAAAAUAACAGCAGUAAAAAUAAUAAUAAUAAUGAUUUUAAUGGUGAAAGUAAAAGUGGUGUUGAUAAAAGGUUUAAGACUUUACCACCAUCUGAGGCACUUCCAAGAGAUGAAACUGUUGGUGGGUAUAUUUUUGUGUGUAAUAAUGAUACCAUGGAGGAAAAUCUCAAGAGACAACUUUUUGGUUUGCCGCCACGUUACCGGGAUUCAGUACGGCAAAUAACUCCAGGGUUACCCCUUUUUCUCUACAACUACUCCACCCACCAGCUUCAUGGUAUAUAUGAGGCUGCCAGUUUUGGAGGAACAAACAUUGAUCCAACAGCCUGGGAAGACAAAAAGAAUGCUGGCGAAUCUCGUUUCCCUGCUCAGGUGAGAGUCCAAACUAGACAACUUUGUGAACCUUUAGAUGAGGAUGCUUUCAGGCCAAUCCUUCACCACUAUGACGGUCCCAAGUUCCGCCUUGAGUUAAGCGUGCCAGAGGCUCUUUCACUUCUGGAUAUUUUUGCCGAGAACCACGCUUGAGAAAAGACGACCCAUAAGUGGGGUGUCCCGUAUACAGAACACAUCAAACUCUUGUAGAAGAUGAUAUGAAAGAGCUACAUAGACGUAUAGUAUUAUACGUAUAUCAUACAGUGUGGUGGGUAUGAAGACAAGAAAUACAUAAAUAUCAUUAGAGCAGACAAUCUUAUUAGAACAUGUUUUAAUGACAUACUUUUUGUAAAGUUGGCGUUACUUUGCCUGUAUGUCAGUCGAUAUUUAUAAAAAAUAAGUAGAUGAACGAUAAGAGGUGCAAAAUAAUGCAUGUGUUUAAUGUUGCCUAGCUACCGCAAAGUGAGUGGUAAAGGUGUUAUGUUAACCAGCUGUGUAUAUGUAAGUGGGGAUUCUAUGUUUUGUGCUCGUAAAAAAUAUAUGGUUGAUAUGUGUUUGUUUUAAGGUA